AUGGCUUUGCCUCGACCAAGCAACCAAGAUCGCGCCAGAUGGAGGACGAAAUGCCGCGAAAAGCUUUCAAAGCAUAUUAAGAGCAAGCUAGGAAUAUCAAUCGACCCAUCAGAAGUUCGUCUUAUUACACGCGUAGAGGAUCCCUAUUCUUGGCAAUCUCUACCAGUAAGAACACAUCUCUUCAAAAAGAACCUAAGCAAGCAUUCAAUUGGAGCUUAUAUGGAAUUAUGUCGAGAAGUUGGUAUUUCGUUUAAAGCUGUGGUAAAAGAAAAUAUUCUUUUCACUAGACCAGCAGCAAACUUUACUAACAGAAUUGCGGAAUUAGAAGCAGAAAAUUCAAGGUUAAUAGGUGAGGUCAACAAGUUGAAGGAUACUGCUGCAGCAGAGUCAACAUUUAAGCGAGAUGCUGAAGAGGCCGCGAACCAGCUCACAGUAGUGCUGCAUACAGCAGAAUUGGAAAACCAGCACCUAAAGAGGGAUAUUCAAAAAUGGGCUACUAUAGCAGAAGAUUUUAGAGUGAGCACUGCAGAUUCCCACCAGAUUGUGAAUGAGGCGUCUUUGGUAUUAGAAAAGUUAAAAUCUUUAUUGCCUUCUAUUUGUAUGUAA